GAUGACAAUUGUAGGCGCCGAUGAUGAUGAUGUGUUUAUAUUCGUGACGACUGGAAGAAAGAUUUGCAAUGUUUUGCAAAAAGUCUGCAAGCAAUUUCUAGAUAAUUUUCGUGUGGAAAAUCCGUGUUUUUGUGAAAUUUGUGUUCUAUAAUUACACCCUCACCACACAAUGACGAUCGAGGACCGGGUGGUGGCCCGCCUGAACAAGGAAUUGGGCCCAGAUUUCGACGCCCUCAAGAAGAACGAAUCCGUACUGCAAAACUAUCGCACCGAUUUGGACCGACUGGCCAGCAGGAUUACCCUGCCGGAUGAGAACUGCAUGCCCGAGCUGAAGAAUGCAAUCCAGUCGUGUUCCUGGAAGCACACGGAACUGGAGGAAGCAGCCGAUAAUCUGGAAGCGUUCGAAGAAAAGCUGAUGGAGCGAAUCGAACGGCACCAGGAAGUUCUGGAACGGAUCGAUGGCCAUCUGAAAAAGAUCAAGAAGUUAGAUAAUAUGAAGGAAUAUUUCAAAAUAUUACUGGAUAUCCAGAGUAUUGGCCAGGAAUUGACCGUGUCCAUCAAUGGGAAGGACGAGAACAAGACCAUUAGCUUGUACGUAGCCUUGAGUGGCCAUUCUAAUAGCAUUUUGGAUCGAUUGAGUAGUUUAGAGUCCCCACACUUGAAAAUGUACGCCAGGAAUACGGCGUUCUACUGGCACGACAUUCUAAAAGAGAAAUUCUCGAAGGAAUUCGAAGCAAUACUCAAGGCCAUCAAAUGGCCCAACUUGAACCAGACGCUGGAAGUGUUCAACCCUUCCAAAGAGAAUCUACACAAACUGUCCAUCCUGGCGGAAUACCUAUUCCUGGUCAAAAUUCCCGGCGAUCAAAAUCUGCUGAGCGUGAAGCUCACCCCGUCGAUCAUUUGUCCUCCGAUAGCGGCGCCGAACGAGCUGCUGUUGAAACCAUUCCGGCACCGGUUCACGUUUCACUUUUCCGGCAACAAGCAAACCAACCGGCUGGAUAAACCCGAAUGGUACUUCACGCAGGUACUUUCCUGGGCCAAGGAGAACCACGUAUUCGUGGGGCAGAACUUCCAAACGCCGGCCAUCAAGGCGGGAGUGGUUAAUCAUAACGUUCGGCUGGAGUUCAUCCGAGGCCUGGUGCAACUGGCCAUCGAGAAGCUGAUCGACGAUAUCGAUUCCAUCUGCCAGGACGAGGCUCUGUUCGGUCAUCUGAUCGACGAAAUCCUUUCGUUCGAGCAGGAGCUCAAAUCGACCCUCGGCUAUCCGUCGAGUUUCCCGAGUGCCGUAUCGGUCCUCAUCCAGCCCAAGUACCAUGUCAAGUGGAUGGCCAUCGAGGAAAAGUUCACCACCGACAAGAUGGACGCCAUGCUGAAGAGUGAGGAUCCCUGGAAGUUCCUCGACCCGGCCAACCUGGACGACAUGAAGAUUCCGCGAUGUGCCGAUCAGUUCAUCCGAUUGUUGGAUGCGAUUCGUGAACGGUACUGCUCACUGCCCCAGCCCGGUCAGCAGUUGCAGUUUCUCGAUCUUCAGCUCGAACUGAUCGACAACUUCCGGCGAAGGUUGGUCCAGUUGCACAACAGCCCCGGUCCGGACUGUGUCAGUUCGACCAAAAUCCUCAACGCCAUCAAUUACAUCACGUCGGUCCUGAGGGAAUGGGGCGAAAACGUGCACUAUCUGCACCUGCAUGCCGCCCGGUAUGGACCCUACGCGGACGAAAUCAGUUCUGUGUUCGACAAAACGAUCGAAGAGAUGGACCAUUGGCAACGGACGCUGGUCAAGGAUCUUGCCUCACGGGUGGUGGACGAUUUCAAAGCGAAAUCGCGCCCCUACCGUCACGACAACUGGCCCUCGAUGAAUCAGCUGGAUACGAAGGAAACGUUCAUGCUGUCGGCCAGCGCCAGCGAAAUGUUCCAGAUAUUGGUCAACCACCUGCACAGCUUGGAAACGGAACUGUCGGCCAACGUGUUCUCGAUCGUGAUUCGGUUGAUCGCUCUCCAGCUGGACGAGUGGUUCAUCGAUGGGAUGGUGAUGAACACGAAGUUUUCCACCGGUGGAGCGCUGCAGUUCCAGUUCGAUAUGACCCGGAAUCUGUUCGCUUUGCUGGGGCAGUAUGCCCGGAAACCGAGCUUAUUGUUCAAGAGAAUAAGCGACACCUGCGUCCUGCUGACGAUGCCCCUGGGAUCGGCCAUGCUGUUGCACGAAACGCUCAGUUCCUCGGCGGAGCAAACGGAGGACACCGUGCGGUCCACCUUGAAGGAGGUUGGCCUGUCCAUCUUGAGUAAAACGGCCGCGCUGGAAAUCUUGGAGAGGCGGAACGAUAUUGUUAUUUCCUAAUCGCGUUGGGCGGAUGCACGCACGUUACAUUUCGAUUGAUUCCAGGUGAUAUUGUGUUGUUUGAAACAGUAAAGCUUAUAGUUCCGAUUAUUCUGUUGAGUUAGCAUUAAUAUAUGAUUUUAAUAAAGUUUUCUAUGCGUAAA